AUGAUGAAUCCGCACACAAUAAAAGAUGUAGAUUUUGAAAUAACGUACGAACCGCAUAGCAGGCAACUGCAGGUUGCCAGCCUAAACCAGGAAAAGUGCAACAACUACAGCUACUACAUAAAUCAGCAGUGUCAAAUAAUUCACCCUCUAGACAAAGUCGAUGAUAAAAAUGUGCUCUUGUGUACAAACAAAAACAAAUGUGAGUACCUCACAAAUUAUGUGUUCCAAAUCCUGAGCAUAGAAACCGUCCCAGAAGAAGACUUCUCAAAUUUAACUCCGCUACUUAACGCAAAAGUUGCGGAAAAAGAAAAAUGCAACAAGGAAGUGCAGCUAAAUGAAAAAAUCAAAUGCAUGUGUUGCAUCAAAGAGAUGGACAGCAGCGACACGGAAGAAAUAAAUGACGAAUUAAACCCAGCGCAAAUAACCCAAAACGCUAGGUACCACUUCAGUGAGUGCAAAUGUAUCCAAAAAUAUGAAGUAGACAAAGAACACACCUUAAAAGCCAAUAAAUGUGAAAACUUCAUCUGCAAUAGUGGGUUGUGCACACUGCGUAUGGAUGGAGAACCCGUCUGCUCCUGCGAGGAGAGCCAUUAUUUCGACGAAAGAGUUAAUGCGUGCGUCAUGCAUCAAGAUGAGUUGAACGGCGAGCAGAGCCAGGUAAGUCAGGCGGCCAUGGAAGAACUGCGCCAUGUAACAUAUGAGAGCGACUUGAACGGAAACGAAAUAUACGACGAUCAUAAAAAAGAGGACCAUACCCCGCGAUUUAAUGAUAACCAAGAUGACAACAGCGAUACGCAUUCUCAUCAAGCGCAAGGAAUCGCAAAUAACCACGACAAUAGACACCCGAGCAAUGCGUUCGCCGAUGAGUGUCCAAUAAAUCACGUGAGAAAUAAACAGGGUGAGUGCCACAGGGAGGAAAAAAACUCAGUCGAUAAUGUUUGCCUUAGAAUAGAAUGUUUCGUCAAUUCAGACCCACCAGAAUGCGCAUGUGUAGAUAAAAAUGGGCAAAAAAUAGAAAAAGAUAUCUUAGACCUUUCCCACAUAACAAUGUGCACCCUGAACAACAUAAACUGUGACUACGGGACAUGCAAUAACUCAACCAAAAAAGGAGAACUCGCAUGUAUAUGCAACAAGAAGUAUAAAUAUAACAACUCUCUUAAGGUGUGCAUUGGUUAUGCCCCAACACGUCUUAUCAGUUGGGUGCUCAUUAUCGCGCUGUUCGGCAUAAUCGCAACUGCGCUGUGA